AAAAUUAAACAUUUCUUAAUUGACUUCUUCCAUUCUCCGAUCAGAUCCUCUGUUUCCAAUCUAACAGAGAACCACAACCACAUUAUAACUCGCCGCCGACACUACUCCCCGAUCACCACCAUGUCAAAACUCGCCGGCGUUCAUGUCCUAGUAUUCCCAUACCCAGCACAAGGCCAUAUGCUUCCUCUCUUAGAUUUCACGCACCAGCUCGCCAUCCGCAACCUUACCAUCACCGUCCUCGUCACUCCUAAAAAUCUUCCCUUCUUGUCCCCUCUCCUCGCAAGACACCCCGCCAUCAGCACCCUCGUUUUGCCUUUUCCGGCGAACCCAUCGAUCCCCGACGGCGUCGAGAACGUCAAGGACCUCCCUCCCUCCGGCUUCCGUGCCAUGAUACCCGCUCUCGGCGGCCUCAAAGAUCAAAUCAGAGACUGGUUUUGAUUUCACCCUUCGCCGCCGGUAGCAAUCAUUUCCGACAUAUUCUUGGGGUUCACCCACCGACUUGCCGUCGAGCUUGGCGUUCGCCGGUACGUUUUUUCCCCCUCCGGCGUCGUGGCCAUGUCCCUCGGUUUCACCCUGUGGAGAGAGAUGCCCAAGCGGAAGAAUCCGGACGAUGAGAGUGAGGUUUUCCGUUUUCCGAGCCUUCUGAACUGCCCGGAAUAUCCCUGGUGGCAGCUUUCUCCGAUUUACCGGAGCUACGUGGAGGGAGACCCAGAUUCGGAGUUCAUCAAACAGUCGUACCUGGAUAAUACCGUGAGUUCCGGGCUUCUGUUCAACACUUUCAGUGCGCUGGAGGGGGUCCACACAGAGCACCUCAAGAAGUACUUGGUCAACGAGAGGAUUUGGUCCGUCGGUCCACUGUUGCCUGCAGGCGAUGAAAACUCCGGGCCGGCGGAGCGCGGCGGAUCGAGCACCGUCUCAACGGAUGAGAUACUGAGUUGGCUCGACUCGCGGGAGGACAACUCGGUUGUCUACGUUUGCUUCGGCAGUCAAGCAGUGUUGACCGACCGGCAAAUGGAGGCGCUAGCGCUCGGGCUUGAGAAGAGCGGAGUCAACUUUCUGUGGUCAACGAAGGUGCCCACGGGGCACGUGGGUGAAGGCUACGGGGCGAUACCCACGGGUUUCCGGGAACGUGUGGGCCCGAGGGGAUUAGUGAUCCAAGGAUGGGCCCCACAGGUAUUGAUUCUCAAGCAUCGUUCUAUAGCGGCAUUCCUGACCCACUGCGGGUGGAACUCGACGCUAGAAGGAAUAGUUGCUGGCGCGCCAUUGCUGACAUGGCCGAUGGGCGCCGACCAAUACGUGAAUGCGGACCUCCUAGUGGACGAGUUCAAAGUGGGGAUGAGAGCAAGUGAGGGACAGGAAACGGUGCCGGACUCGAACGAGUUGGCUCGUUUGUUGAGCAAAGCCGUGAAAGAGGGAGGUGGGGAGGCAAAGGUGCGUGCUUUGGAGCUGAAACGUGCAGCGUUGGAUGCCAUUGUUAAGGGAGGUGAUUCAUUCAACAAUCUCGAAAACUUCGUCAAGCACUUGAGUGAAUUGGCUUCGGAACCAAAAGGAAACAAACAAUAACGUCUCUAGGGUUUUCCCUAGCUAGUUUUGCCGGCGGCGGCGUUUAGUCGCUCAGGUCCGGAGAUUCGGAGAUUUUGACUGCGUUUUGGAUCGUCUUUCUCCCACCGGUAAUUUUCAGAUCUCAAUUCGUCUCAUAGGCUUGAGGAAGAGGUGAAGGCGGGGUUGGGGUCUGGUUCUUCUUCACGGCAGGGGUUUUAUUCGGCUUUGGGGAGUUUGAAAAGGAGGUUGCAGGCUGCUGCUUUUUCGUCAAUUGGAUGCAACGAUUCGGCCACACGCAAUCUGGAAGGUCUGGGAGGUCAAGGGGAUGAUUAGCAAUUGUCAUAGCAGGUUGUUUGAAGGUGGUGAAGUAGGCCGACGAGGAGGUCACAGAUGAGAAAGGGACUCCAAACAAGAGCUCACGUGUGAAGGUAGACGAAGAGGUGCUGAUACGUCCCCCUCCUGAACCGCCGCCAUGGAGAAUUUUUGCGGCUAGGACUGUGGGAACUCAAUGGAGGUUUCUCGGGAGAAUAAGGAUGCAUUUUAAUUUUCAUGCUGCUGUUGUGUUUGGUUUUUCUACUUUCGAUCAGACUAUGUUUAUUUCUUUUACUUUUACUUUAUUCUGUCAGACUUUUACAUUAGGUAGGGGUGAUGAGGGUUUCGUUCUGGUCACGUUUGGCUCAUUUAGACCCAUUACAGGACAAUCGAAUCAUAUUGCUCUAUCCAGGGUGGUUGGUUCUCCAACUGGUCCGAGGGUUAGUGGCUGGAAGUGUUUCCUUUAUCGUUUGUAUCCCUUGCUGAAUGUUUUAUUAUCAAUAUAAGCCCUCUAGUUCUUGAUAAAAA